ACAAAGAUUUGGGGAUCUUCACAAUGCACUCUACACUACUUUGCCUCCUUUUUGUCUUCUUCUCUCUUAAAACUGCCUUCUCAUCCUCUUUACUUGCUUCCUCCUUCUCAACAAUACAUCUCUGCUCUCAUGAGGAGGCUCUUGCUUUGCUGCAAUUUAAAACAUCCUUUUCCAUCAAUUACACUGUUCCUUAUCCAGAUUAUUGUGUGGAUGAGUUUUAUACUAAACCUAAUUAUUCUAAGGUUGAGUCAUGGAAGGAAGGUAUAGACUGUUGUUCCUGGGAUGGGGUUAGCUGUGAUAAUGUCACAGGUCAUGUAAUUGCCCUUAAUCUCAGCUGCAGUUUCCUUUAUGGCACCUUUCCUUCCAACAGCACUCUUUUCUUCCUCGGAAACCUGCAGAGCCUCAAUCUUGCCUUGAAUGAUUUUAGGCUUUCCAAGAUUCCAUCGGAAAUCAGUCAGUUUACUAGACUAAAGCAUUUUGAUAUCUCUGAUUCUCGAUUUUCAGGCCAUGUUCCGGGAGAAAUUGCUCACCUGCCCAAGUUAGUCUCUCUCAAUCUCUCUAAUUACCUUUAUGAUGAUUCUCUUGAAUUGAUCCUUGAAACAACUACCUUGAGAAAUCUUGUUCACAACUUGAGUGAGGUGAGAGAACUUGUGCUUGAAGGAGUGAACAUGACAUCUGUUAAUCCUCGUUUCUUCAUGAAUCUCUCUUCUUCUUUGACUACUCUUGAUCUUUGGGGUUGGGAGAGUGGGUUAAGAGGAAACUUUCCAAACAGUAUUUUCCGCUUUCCAAAUCUCAAGUUCUUUUAUUUAGGUGGAAAGGGAAACCUCACUAUUGAUCUUCCAAGUUCCAAUUGGAGCAGUCCUCUCCAAAAAUUGUGUUUAUAUGUCAUGGAUUGCGGAAGGCAAUUGCCAGAGUCUAUAGGAGAUCUAAAGUUAUUACGAUCUCUAAUUCUUGGCCGCAACUUGGAAGGUUCCAUUCCAGCUUCCAUAGGAAACUUAUCUCAACUCACUAGGCUAGGCCUCUAUUCUAACAAUUUUAACAGACAAAUCCCAAUAUCACUUGCAAAGCUCACACAACUUAACUCAUUCUCCCUUUCCAAUAAUCAAUUUUUUGGUCCCAUUCCAGCUUUCUUAUGUAACCUAUCCCAACUUACUUACCUGGACCUCUAUUCUAGCAAUCUUAGCGGACAAAUCCCAUCGUCACUUGCAAACCUCACACAACUUAUCGAUCUUGACCUUUCCAAUAAUCAGUUUUCUGGUCCCAUUCCUUUUCAUGCAAGUAGGUUUUCCAAACUAACCUGGCUAGACUUGUCUUAUAACUUACUUAAUGGCACGUUGCCACCUUGGAUUUUCACCCUACCUUGCUUAAUGUACUUGCAACUCAGUCAUAAUCAACUUCAAGGUCCAAUAAAUCCAUUCCAGCAAAAAUCACUCAGAUAUCUGUAUUUGUCAAACAAUAAACUCCAGGGUUCAAUUCUUAACUCAAUUGCUAAUUUAGUAAAUCUUAGUUCUGUCGAUUUAUCAUCAAAUCAUUUUAGUGAUUUAGAAGUAUCUGAUAUGUUUUCGGGGCUUCAAAAUCUGCAAAGCAUCAUUCUUUCAUACAACAAUCUUUCUCUAAGAGUCAAUGUCAAUCCCAACUUCACAUUACCCAAACUAACCUAUGUUGACUUGUCUUCUUGUAACUUGAGUGAAUUCCCCAAUUUCUUAAAACAUUCAAAUGGUCUGCAAAGCCUACUACUAUCAAAGAAUAGCAUUAAUGGCUGUAUUCCUGAAUGGAUAUGGAAAAAGCAUGAUCUCAAAAUUCUUGACCUUUCUCAUAACCAUUUAAGUGGGAAGAUUCCAAAUUGUCUUCCUAAGUCUAUCUCAGUGUUGAAUUUGCAAGCCAAUUACUUUGAUGGAAACAUGCCAUUUGAAUUUCCAAGGAGCUGUGGAUUACAAAAUCUCAACUUACAUGGAAAUCACAUGGACGGGCUAUUACCAAGGUCUUUGGUGAAUUGUAGCAAGUUAGAGGUUCUAGACGUUGGCAACAACAACAUAGAGGACACAUUCCCUCAUUGGAUGGAAUCUCUACCAGACCUUCAAGUGCUUGUCCUAAGGUCCAACAAGUUCCACGGUUAUGUGCAGAGCACCAAAGAAAGUCCAUCUUUUCCCAAGUUACGAGUUCUGGACCUCUCCAACAAUGAUUUUCUUGGUCCUUUGCCUGUUCAGUACUUCGAAAAUUUUAAAGCUAUGAUGGACCUUUAUAGAGAUGAGGGUUCUCCUGAAUACAUGAAUGUCAGUUCUUAUAAAUAUUCACUGGUUGUGACAUGGAAGGGAUUCGACUAUGAGCUGCAGGGAAUCUUGACCGUAUUCAGUAAUAUUCAUCUCUCAAAUAAUAAGUUUGAGGGAGAAAUUCCAGAUGUUAUUGGAAAGCUUAGUUCUCUCAAAGGGCUAAAUCUUUCUCAUAACUAUCUUACUGGUCAUAUCCCACCGUCACUAGGGAAUUUGAUGAAUCUGGAAUGGUUGGAUCUUUCUUCCAACGAGCUGGCAGGGAAAAUUCCAAAUGAAUUAGUAUCUUUGACACAACUCUCUGUAUUGAAUCUUUCAAAUAAUCAUCUUGUUGGACGCAUACCACAGGGCAAUCAGUUCAACACCUUUGAAAAUGGUUCUUAUGAAGGAAACCUUGGACUGUGUGGAAUCCCACUGUCAAAAUCUUGUGAUGGAAUGGGGACACCGCCGAGCUCCUUCCAAGAAAAAGAUGAGUUGUGGAGAUUUGGUUGGAGAGUUGUGGGGUUAGGCUAUGGAUGUGGAGUUGUUUUUGGACUGCUGAUAGGAUAUCAUGUCUUCCGAACAGGAAAACCAAAAUGGUUUGUGUCCUUGUUUGAUGGCCGACCAAGUCAAAAUGGAAGGAAGAUGAGGGAAGCCAAAAGACUUGUUCAAAGAAGAAGCUAGUUGCAGAGUUGAUGUUUUAGACCUUUUGAUUUAAUGUUUCCUGAAUAAGUGCUCUUUGGGUUUGAAGUUCUUGUUAUGGUUGGUAUUGGCUUGUAUAAAAUUGCCAGCCUUCUCUUCUCUUUAUGGUUUCUAAUUUUGUUUUUCUUUAUUGUAAAACAUAUUUGAAGGCUUAAGCUGUGAAUCUUUCUUAUGUAGUUCUUUAAGCCAGUUGGUAUCAAACUGGUAGCAAAUGUAUGUCAAGUUUUGUUCUUUACAGUUUUGUUCUUGAGAUAUCUAUUAGCAGAGUCAUAAAAAUUCUGGUUUUAC